AAAAGGGUAAUAAACUGAGAUAUAGAGGAGAGAGAGGGAGGCAAAAGAGGCCGCACCCCCAAUACAGGACUAUAUAUAACCGUGAAGCCCCUAGCCCCUAUUCUAUCGCUACAGAGCAGCACCUCGAAUAACAAGCGACACAGACAGGGAGAGGAGAGCAUUUGGAGCCUAGAGAGAGAAACUGAGUCCCAUCUCAAAAAACCAGCGACGAACACGAGAACAAGGUAGAGAGAGAGAGAGAGAAGAUCGGCGAAGAGGGCAAGAAAAAAGACCAAGAGUUAGAGAGAGAGAGAGAGCCAUGAUCUGCCACAAGCAGGCCCACCUCCCUUCCCAUCUCCCCCCCUGCACACCACCAAUCCCCCAGCCCUCCCCCGACCUCUCGGACUUGUUGCGCCGCUACCACAACCACCCUCUCCUCCCCAACCAAUGCACCUCCACCGUGGUUCAGCCCAUUGACGCUCCCGUCUCCUCCGUCUGGUCUGUCGUCCGACGCUUCGACGAGCCUCAGACUUACAAGCACUUCAUCCGGAGCUGCUCCCUCCGUGCCGGCGACGGCACCUCUGUCGGCACCCUCCGCGAGGUCCGCGUCGUCUCCGGCCUUCCUGCGGCCUCCAGCACCGAGCGCCUGGAGAUCCUCGACGACGAGCACCACAUCAUCAGCUUCCGGGUCAUUGGAGGGGAUCAUAGGCUGGCGAAUUAUCGCUCCGUCACUACCCUCCACCCUGUGGCAAGGUCCAAUGGUGAGGGCACCUUGGUAAUUGAGUCCUACGUCGUAGACGUUCCACCGGGGAACACCAAGGAGGAGACGGUGACGUUUGUGGACACCAUCGUCAAAUGCAACCUGCAGUCCCUUGCUCAGAUCGCAGAGAGCCUCAAUCAUCGACAACGCCGCCGCCUCUGAAAAUUCCGCCCUCCCCUCCUCUCUCAGUUGCCUUCUUUUGCUGGAAUCUGGUGGUGGUGGUCAUCCCUUUUUUGAGGUAGCCCUUCUUGGGACUUUUUGGGGUGGCCAGAAUCGGUGUUUCCGGGCGUGGAAGCCCGGGAAUUGGUGUUUUCCGGUGAGAUGGAACCUUGUCUUUCAAGUGUUUGCCAGUGUUGCGUCUGAGAUUGGGGAUUUAGAGGAUUUAGGAGGGGCAUUGCCGGUCUUUUGGGUUUAUUAGCACAACUGUCUGUAUAUUCCUCUCAGGUUUGUCAUUUGUGGUUUUGCCGCGGAUGGGCCUUGGUGGCGAAGCGGCGAAUUGCUGGUGCUUUUUUUUUUUUUUUGGUAUUUUUACAAUGACCGAAAUACCCUAAUUUUUUGAAUCCUUCCUUAUUUGGGGAUGACUGGAAUACCCUUGAAAAUGUUUUUCAUGGAUGGUUUGAUGUGUUGGCAACUGGUACUGUUUAUAAAUAGUAAAUUUUGAAUUUUAUUUA